CUGCAGUGAUAUACUUACCCUCGAAUAUAUCGUCGUGUAGGCUUCUGCAGAGAACAGACCAUUUAUAAAGGAAAAUAUCCCAACACUGCAUUUUAUUCAGUCCAAACUAGCACAUGGCAACCCAUAAUUUAGCUUGACAGACCUUGGCCUCAUCAAGUACUUUUCUGCUAAUUACAUUGUCAAAACCUGUGAAGGUGACAUUAAGCAGAGGUGGAAAUUCAAAGUUAUGCUCCCAUGGAUGUUGUGCAAGGGCCUUCAGCAAAGCAUUUGACAAGGUGUCACAUGGCAGCUUGGUCUCGAUGAUCAGGUUCCACGCUGUCCGGAGAGAGCAAAUUGGAUGUAUUCAAAAUUAGCUUCAAGGUAGCAAGCAAAGAGUGGUGGUUGAAGAUUUCUCCUCGCAAUGGAGGCGUGUAAUUAGCAGUAUUUUAUAGCAAUGAUUUGGAUGCGGUUGCACAAGGAUUACUUGACUGGUAAGUUCGCAGAAUGCACAACCUUAGUAUUUGUUGUUCACAGAGAAGAUUAUCGUAGCAUCUAGGGGAUCUAAAUGGACAGGGUCUGGUAAAGAGAUUGCAAACCCAAUCUGAUCAGCAGCGGAUUCAUGCAGAUGUUGGGGAUCAUGUGGACGAAACAGCCAGAGGAAGUGGAUGAGGCAGGUGCAGUUCCAUAAAUCAAAAAGCAGUUGGGGUGUGUAGAUGGAGUGAAGAGGCCAGAAGGGAGAUGGCCCUAUCACAGGAAAUCCUGACCAUCUCAGAGGGCACUGUGGUUGGCAUUGUGUCGUUGGGCUGAACGCUCUGAAUUUGCAUUUUCUUGCUCUGUGACUCUGUCAGUAGAUGCGCCAGGUACCAGUGGACAGAUAUGGUGUGGAAGUGGUUACUAACAGGGAAUGUUUGGUCCCCAUGCCAAAUGCUACAAGGGAUGGAAAUACUGUCAUAUUUGCAAAGCAGUCGUACUCUCCGACUCACUGUCUGCUUGUUGUGAAAUUUAGAGCCUCACCAGCAGGUGGAGCUGUCCUGCAGAGCGACCAAAGUGUAAACAAGACGACGACAAUCAACAAUCGUCAGUCAGAAUCAGAAUGGACAAAGUUUGGAACGUAUGGAAGAGGAUGUUACCAGGCGGAUCAUCGAGGGAAGAUGAUCGGGACAAGGGAAGCAAGGUACCAGCGCAGGGUCAGAUUGAGAGCGGUGUCCCAAUGGAAUCCGGUCCGGCCGCAGAGAAGGAGGAGAAAAUUCAGCCCAGAGACAGUGACGUCAGGGACACUGAUCCGGACCCUGGAACCGGCACAAGUGAGGCGACUAUCUGUCAGCCCAGAGACAGUGACGUCAGAGACACCGAUCAGGACCCUGGAACCGGCACAAGUGAGGCGACUGCCUGUCAGCUCGGAAGCUCAUUGAACAGAGGACUGCCAAGUCCCAAAGAAGGAUCGGAGCCAGAGUUUACAAUCUCUGAACUCCUGGCAGAAGGGGAGGAAUAUCGACUGUACCAACUGACAAAGUUCUACAGGGACAGACUCAAACAAGCAAUUGAAGAAAAGGUUGAGAGACUGGGUUGGAUGUUGACAAAGGAGGGACAUUUCAGUAGAGAAGAAAAUGAGAAAGUCACUGAGCUGACAGAGAAGGGAAACCGGGCAGAGAGUUCCAGACUCUUCCUCAGUCUGGUGAAUGGCAAAGGCUCCCGGGCCCGGAGGGCGAUGUGGGAAUCUUUUCUGAUGUGGAGGACUGAGUUACCGAAGUUGGACAGAAUACUGAGGGAAAUACAGGAACUCGGUCCUGAUCCACAAGAAUACAUGAACAUCGGCCAAGGUUUAUCUGAAUUACCCACUCAGCUGAUAGAUGUUCAACAGAAACACAAGGAGACUCUGCGAACACGAACUGAAAAACUGAGAGUGAACACGAUCCUGAUGACGGAGAAGGUGAAGGUUUUCCAGCUGGCUGAUCGAUACGCUGAGCUCACGGUCAUUUCUACUGUUCGAGAUCGGACACUGGUGGAACAUGAGCUGCUGGCAAGAGGCAGAGACCAUGAGGAUUAUAGAGAGAAACAACUCCGCAGACAGCUGGAAAAAAUCCGGACUGAUCAGUUAUUCCAGAGCAGCUUUUCCCGGAGUAAAUCCAAAUCUGGGAGUUCAGCAGCAGUGGCCGGAGUCCCGGGGAUCGGGAAAACAACGAUGGUACAAAAGAUUGUUUAUGACUGGGCCAUGGGGAAAAUAUACCAACAGUUCCAGUUUGUCUUCAGUUUCAAAUUCCGAGAUUUAAACAGUAUUGACUGUCGAAUAAACCUGAAGGAACUGAUUCUGGAUCAGUAUCCUUACUUUGGGAAUAUCCUGAGAGAAGUCUGGAAGAACCCAAAGGGAUUGCUGUUUAUAUUCGAUGGUUUAGAUGAAUUCAAACACAAAAUCGAUUUUGCGGACAGUCGGAGAGAUACAGAACAAAAGCACCAGUGCCCAGAUCCCGAGUGGUGGUGUGAAGUGUCUGACAUUGUGUACAGUUUAAUCCAGGGCAAGCUGCUCCCAGGGUGUUCAGUGCUGGUGACCACCCGCCCCACUGCGUUACAUUUAUUGGAAAAGGCGAAUAUCAGUGUCUGGGCUGAAAUCCUGGGAUUUGUUGAUGAGGAACGGAAGGAAUAUUUCAUCAGACAUUUUGAAGAUCAGACGGUGGCGGAAGCUGUUUUCAAUUAUGUGAAGGAGAACGAGAUCCUGUACACCAUGACCUACAACCCCUCCUACUGCUGGAUCCUCGCUCUGGCACUGGGCCCCUUCUUCACACAAAGAGUCAGGGACCCACAGCGAGUUCCCAAGACCAUCACCCAACUGUACUCCUACUAUAUUUACAACAUCCUGAAAAACCACGGCCGUGAGAUUGAGAGACCCCGUGAUGUGUUACUCAGGGUUGGUCAGAUGGCCUUCAGAGGAGUGUCCGAGAAGAAGAUUGUGUUUACAGAUGGAGAUUUGGUCAACUACAGUCUGCAGCCUUCCCAGUUCCUGUCCGGGUUCCUGAUGGAGCUUUUGGAGAGAGAGGAUUCUGCCUGGAGCGUGGUGUACACAUUCCCACACCUCACCAUCCAAGAGUUUGUAGCUGCAGUCGCACAAUUCCUGAAUCCACAUCCCGGGGAUAUCCUGAAAUUCCUCACUGAAGCCCACAACACGACAGAUGGGCGAUUUGAGGUAUUUCUCCGUUUUGUUGCUGGUCUCUCCUCUCCAAUGACAGCUCGGGGCCUGGUGGAGUUUCUGGGUCCAUUUCCUCAUGAAACAACCUGCCGGGUGAUUGACUGGGUGAAGGAGGAGGUUAAACGUCAGAUUGGAAACACAGGGAGUGAAGCUGGUAAAAGGAGCCUCCUGAACACAUUGCACUACCUGUUUGAGUCUCAGAAUCGUGGACUGGCUCAGGAAACACUGGGAUCUGUGGAAACACUUUCAUUCCGUGGAAUGACACUGACCCCGAUUGACUGCGCGGUCCUGUCUCAUGUCAUCGGACUCUGUGAUACAAUAAAACACCUCAACCUGGAGGGCUGCCACAUUCAGUGUGAGGGAAUCCAGCGGCUGGGACCCGGGCUGCACAAGUGCCAGGAGUUGAGGUAACUUGAUUUAUCUCUCACUCGGAACUGUGAAACUGUUCUAUUGUGUCAUUUCAAUGUAAAGAGAUUUGGGUUAAACUGUGAUAAAUCAGAUUGUGAAGAAUUGUGACAAAUGCCCAGGGGAUCGGUCAGCAAUUCCCCAAGGACAGGAGGGUUCUGUGGUUCCUUGUGAAGGGAUGUUGGAGACUUCAUCAGAUCAGUGAACAACGACCAUUGGUUUAAUGGUAGUAAAUCACAGGAAUGGCCGUGUUUCCUGCUGCCUGUGACACGUCCAUUGACAAUGUUCCUUCUCACUGUUACUGACACCCAGAUCGACACUGACUGCAGCAGAUGGGUCA